UCUUUUGUUCCACCUAAUUAUAGAGCCGGGAAGCCCAGCGUUCACCCCCACGGACUGCAGUCAGGUGAGCUGACGAGACUACGUAUAUAUAUAACGCGGAGCUCAAACCCAAUGAUAUCACAUCCUCGAUGGUCAAGAUGAAUGUUGUAUUUCUGCUGAGUGUGGUGGCUGCAGUGUCAGCCCAGCGUCCUUAUGGUACCUAUGGUUCCUUUGGAGGAAAAGGAGGACAGAUUAAAUUUCCCGGCGGAGGAGGCUCCGGGUUCCAGGGAGGCAUUGGAGGAGGCUCCGGGUUCCAGGGAGGCAUUGGAGGAGGCUCCGGGUUCCAGGGAGGCAUUGGAGGAGGCUUAGGAGGGAUUGGAGGAGGCUUAGGAGGGAUUGGAGGAGGCUUAGGAGGGAUUGGAGGAGGCUUAGGAGGGAUUGGAGGAAGUGGAGGAGGAGCACAGGUUCAGGAACGACCUCUCUCUACGGCAUUUUGCAAAGGAUUUAUCAGCCCUCAGGUACACUUUACGGCGGGUGGAAGCAACUACCACUUCUCCUGGUGCGUUGACGGAGGACAAAAGUAUACUUGGCAACAAGCUAAUGGUUACUGCAAGUCGUUGGGACAUGGGUGGACUGGUGUAAGCAUGGAGAGCCUCGCCGAGGACCAGUACAUCUCCACGAUCAUCGACAAGCACCAGCUGCCUUACAUCUGGACGAGUGGAAAUCGUCUUGGUGGUGGGUUGUUUGACUGGAAGUGGGCCACCGGCUUCCCUCUCAAAUAUACCAACUGGGCUCUUACUGGAUUCGUUCCCGGCCGUCCUCAACCUGACAACGAAGAAGACAACAACGAGCAGUGCCUCUCAGUGCUUAACCGCUUUUAUGACAAUGAUGGCAUCACUUGGCACGAUGUUGGGUGUCACCAUCUUAAACCUAUCAUCUGCGAGUACCGCAACACUCAGACUUAUGGUGGAUAAUUCUGAAGAAUUAUUGAAUGUCCUGUGGCAGAGCUUCAAGAGAAACUACUACAUCCAGUAUUCAUGUUUGCUCUAUAGUGUCUUUGUGAGCUUGUCUGCCUGCACGAGAUAAUUUCUUGAUAAUGGUAUAAAACAGAACUAAACAUCGUCUAUUGCUUCAUUUCAGAUUUGUAAGAUAAUUGUAAAUCGUUCCAUCUAGGGUAUUUUAACUUAUAAUGUUUAAUGUGACUUUUCCUGAUUAUUUCAAAUAUUAUGUAAAAUAAUUUGCAGUGGCCCAAAAUAAACACGUAGUUUAUCUUAUCUUAGCCUAAAGAAAUGGAAAAACAAACACUGGAGCAACUACUGAAGUUACUCCGAACCUUCCCCUCUGCAUCAAGCCUUCCACUUGUAAGGAUAUAGCUAUUAAGGAGCUUCUUAAACUUUAGGACACUGUAAACGCGAGUUGGGAUACACAAGCCUUAGACAUUGGUGAGAGACAUGUUUCAUUACUCCUGCUGCCCCUCUUCACUUAAUAUUAAGUAGGUAUCUGGGUGUCAGGCGACAGGUGUGGGUAGCAUCCUUGGGGAGAGGAUCGAAGAACUCCAAUGACAAUGUCUCUUACAUGACAUUCUGUCUUCAUUGGGUAAUCCGGGUUAAUAAUCCGAAAUGCUCGUGCAUGCUAGUGCCUUUCUUUGUGCUUAACAAUAAUUUACUAAGUGCAAACUACACAUUGCUCACUAUGCAAUGAAAUAAAUAUUUGAAUUUGAAGCAAACAAUUUUUUCUUUCUCGUAUGAUCGAAUUCUCCCAUUUCCUAUGUGAGGUGGCCACCCAUCCAGUUAUUAGUACGGCCCAGCAUUACUUAACUUGACUGACCGAGCUUACUAAUUAGCUGACCACAUCCUGAAUAAAUUUACUUACUAACUAAUAAGUAAGCAAUAGAUUUUAAUCUCUAAAGAAUCAUAACAAAUUCCACUUCGCCAGUUAGCUCUGUGUAUCACUGACAGGUAAGUUACCCCUGUUAAAGAGAGAGAAUGAUAUUGGUCUACAAACCGUUUUCUUUCAUUAGCAGAUCAACUACAAGAAGAGGAGAAAUACACAUUAAAUUCAAACCAUAUCUUCGUGUAGCAUACAAUGUUUUGUUUACAUGUACUACAAUAUUGUUAGACACAAAGAAAGCCACUAGCAUGCAUGGGCAUUGUUUAGAUACACAUAAAUACAGUUACACAAAUCAUUCCUAAUAAUUAUCACAAGAACCAAAAUGGAAAUAAGUCACUUUGCCUGAUUUUUUGGGGUUAUCCUGGUUUCUCUACACAUAUGUUGCUAUGUAUGAUAAUCUAUGUAACUGUAUUUGUUUAUACCUGAAUAAACUUACAUAGUAACAUGUGUAAAUUACCCAGGAUAAAUUUUAAAAAGUCAGACAAAAUGACUAAUUCCCAGAUGAAAUCAGCUUCAUUCAGGUAUUGUGCACUAAUUUAAGAUAAGAUAAGAUAAGAUUUCGUUCGGAUUUUUAACCUCGGAGGGUUAGCCACCCAGGAUAACCCAAGAAAGUCAGUGCGUCAUCGAGGACUGUCUAACUUAUUUCCAUUGGGGUCCUUAAUCUUGUCCCCCAGGAUGCGACCCACACCAGUCGACUAACACCCAGGUACCUAUUUGCUGCUAGGUGAACAGGACAAUAGGUGUAAGGAAACGUGUCGAAAUGUUUCCACCCGCCGGGAAUCGAACCCGGGUCCUCCGUGUGUGAAGCGGGAGCUUUAGCCACCAGGCCACCGGGCCACCAUUUAUUCAAUAUGUUAGAAACUGUUGCAGACAAACACUAGCAGUAAAUUAUGUAGAUUUAACCAAGGAUAACCCAGCAAAAGUCAAAGUGAUUUAUUUUCACUGGUCUCCAUAAUUCUUUAUCUCUUAUAAGUAUAACCUUAAUUUUUAAAGGACCGGUAAGCCAACGGAAGGUCUCGGUCAGAUGACCAAAACCUCCACUGGAGGGUCAUCCUAAGACUAAGACCCGCGUUAGGGAACGCUUGUCCUGUUUCCUGACCAACCUUAUUUAUGUCUAGUGUACCACUAGAAAUGCCUAGCCAUGCUAAGCGUUCUAGUGGUACACUCUGUAAUCACAAUUUUACUACAUGUAAACCACACAAUAACCAAAUUUCUGUAAACUCAGCAUUGUAAUCCUUAUAGAGAAUAAACUUUGAAUUUGAA